AUGCAUGUGGCAUUAGUGGGGAUGACGGGAUCAGGGAAAUCUGAGGAUACCUACUGUCGCCAGGAUACUGUAGCUGGGCAGCCGCUAAUGGUGUGGAUGAUGGACACAGUAGAUGAUGCAUCCCGGGAUGAAAUGCGAUGGUUGGCUUGGGCAGAUGUGUAUUUGGUAGUGUAUGACGUGACAAGCCAGCUCAGCUUGCAGUACGUUGAAUUUUACAAAUUUAUGGUCCAUUUUAUCGAAAUCUAUGUCAAUCUGCUCUCACAAGGAAGGUCUUUCAGGGCGUGGGACGCUUUUUGA